AUGAGUAAAAGAAGAAUCGAAAAGUUCUUGUUGAAUUAUUUCGAAAGCAACAACUAUUCAGAAACGCUAAAAACCUUUCAAGAUGAAAUCAAAGAAGAAAACACUGAGACUCGAAUUUUGAGCUUCAAAAUCAUUAAAGCUCCGAAAAUAAUCGUCGAUAUCGAGGAGAAGAGAAAGAAAUCAAGAAAGAAAGAGGAAGUGAAAAUUCCAAAAGAAUUCAAAAGAAUAGCGAAAAGAGCUGGAAUUCCAAAAGAUCAAUUCGAGUUUUUCUACGAGCAUCGGGAGAGCUUUAACUGGGAGCUUUUCAAACCUACAGUCUACUGUACUGUCUGCAAAGAAACAUCAGAGCACUACAACUUCUGCUUCACCCAGCACAUGAAAGAAAAGCACAAUUACAGUGACACUCCUUGCAACUUCGCUGACUGCAAAUUUGUCGCCAACUCGGAAAGCUCGUUGCUCAGACACCAGGCGAGCUUCCAUGGAAUGGGAAAACGAAAACCCUCUGCUCGGGCUUGUCUCAAGUGCAAAUAUCCAUCUUGUAAUUAUCAGGCCUCGAUUGAUUAUGCGCUGCAGAGGCAUUACAGUAUUCAUGAAAAUAGGAGCGCGGAAUGCUAUCUUUGA